AUGGCAGACCUCAACCUCCAGGAGAUCCACGACUUCCUCAUCGAGGUCGCGAAGAAGGCCGGUGAGAUGAUCACCUCGGCCAAACCCUCGACCACAACGACGGGCGAGAAGAAGAACUCCGCCGACCUCGUCACCGAAACCGACCAGGCGGUCGAGAAGAUGGUGUCGACGACGCUGAAGGAAAAGUACCCUUCUUUCUCUUUCAUGGGCGAGGAGACGUACAAGCCAGGCGACAAGCUGACGCCUAACCCCACCUUCAUCGUCGACCCGAUCGACGGCACGACCAACUUCGUGCACGGCUACCCGUACGUCUCCAUCUCGCUCGGGCUGGCCGUCGACCUGACGCCGACGGUCGGCGUCGUCUACAACCCCUUCACGCAGACGCUGUACUCGGCCAUCCGCGGGGGCGGCGCCUUCCUCAACCGCACGACGCCGCUGCCGCUGCGCGAGCCGGAGCCGAUGCAGGACCUGAGCACGACCGUGUGCUGCGUCGAGUGGGGCUCGGACCGCACGGGCAACGACUACAAGGUCAAGAGCGAGACGUUUGCGAAGCUGUGCGCGCGCAAGGAGGAAGGCGGCGCCAUGGUGCACGGCCUGCGCAGCUUCGGCAGCGCCGCCCUCAACCUGUGCGGCGUCGCGUCGGGCGCGCUCGACAUCUACUGGGAGGCCGGCUGCUGGCCGUGGGACGUCUGCGCCGGCUGGGUCGUGCUGACCGAGGCCGGCGGCAUCGUCGUGGAUGGCAACCCGGGCGAGUGGAAGCCGAGGAUCGAUCAGAGGAGGUAUCUGGCCGUGAGGAAGGGCGAGGGCCAGAAGGCGAUUGUGGAGGAGUUCUGGGGGUUCGUUCAGGGGAAGUUUGAGGUGGGCAACUAG